GUCAAGUCAAACAAAAUUGUCAAAGAAGGAACUUUUUCCAAAUUUGUUUUGUUUCGAAAAAAAAUACCUAAGUGUUUUGUAGUGUUUAGGAAGUGUCUGUAAAUAAUUUAGAAAUUACUUAUACUUUUAUUUGAUUGCUGUUAUAGUUUGAAAUUUCACUUUUUAAAACAACAGCAAGCUAUUGCUGUAUCCUGCAUGCAUAGCACGUUUGUUUUGUGGACUUGUGGAGUAGAUUCUAACCUAUCGCAGAGUAAAAUCAUGCCGGCAAUUAUUUUUUAAUGUUAGGAAAGAUACACACUUUCGAAACCUACACCUACGACACUUUCGAAAAGAUGAUUGAUCAAUUAUACGAAGAAGUUAAAGGUAUGGAUUCUAAUGAUCCAUCAGCUAUGGAAAAGAUUCGUCAAUAUUUAAUAACGCUCAAUGAGGAAGAUGAAAUAUACAUGGAGUUGUUAGUGGAUAAACUGAAAGAUAAAGAAAUAUAUUGGAAUCGACCAUGGUAUCAAAUGUCCAAAAGCUUAACAAGACCUUUAAAUGUAGACCAAGAUUAUGAAGAGACAUUUGAAACAGGCAGCUUUACAUCUGAUGAAAUAAACAAGGUGAAUAAAAAUUGGCACAAAUUUGUAAAGAAAUUCAAAGUACCUGAUAAACCUUUAUGCUUAGCUAGAUGGAGAAACAAAGGUAUCAAUUGUAGUGCACCUGAAGAAAAGGUACGGUAUUUUGUAACAGCAUAUUUGGCUCGUGGAUUACAAAGGAAUCUCUAUCAAGUUUAUAGACAUAUUGUGACAUACUAUGGAGCACCUGUGAAAGGCUCAUAUUCCCGUGAAGAGGAGAAAAUAAUGGAAAUAUGCUUCCAACAUGAACCUCGGAAUGCUGUAACAACAUGUUCUAUGGUUCUCAGUCGUGAACCAAGAGGGUUAUAUAAAAAACUCCAUAUAAAUAGUUGUGGUGAGAAAGUGAAAAAGCCAAGAAUUAAGUGGACACUACCAUUAGCCACAAAAUUUGUAAGACAGUUGAUGCAAUACACCAAUCUUCCUCUUGAAGAAUUAAAAAAUAGAAAAUUUGAAAAAGAAGUAUGGUUAAAACUUGAAGAAGAUAUGGAUCAGCACUACAUAUAUUUACAACAAUUUUGGAACACUAACCUCCAUGUUCAACUUUUUGUACAAGAUAGUGUUAGUUUGAGAAAGCUGAGGAAAAAAAUAUAUAAAAAGUUAAAAAAGUCUUCAUAUAAGGUAUGGAGUGAUAUUCGUUGGAAAGAGUUGCGGCAGAAGUUCCCAGAUGGCUAUACACAUCAUUUUUUGUACAGAGUCGCCUGUCGAGGAAUAAGGGGUUUCAAAAAAUAUUUAAAAGUUCCUUUGGAAGAGGUUUUAGAACAUGGCUUUUACAAUUUAGUAAAAUAUAGUCAUCAUUAUGAUAGAGUUUUGAAGAAACUAAUUUUAGAUAAAAAUGGGGAUCUAACACCAGCAAUGUUUAAUAAUGAAAGUGGAACAAGCACUAAUUCCUUGGCUGUAAAAGAAAAAACUUAGUAAUAUAAUAAAAAAUACUUAAAUGUUUAAGUGCAUCACUUUUAUUUAUACUAUCCCAUAACUAAAAGUCGUUUUGGUUUACAUAACCUAUGGCUACUUUAAUGCUAUUGUACUUUUAUCAUUCUAUAGGCUAUUUGACAAAGUUCUAAAAACUAUCUUAGGGUAUUUAUUUGUUUAUAAGGAGCCCUACAAAAAUACUUUUCUGCCUUUAUUACAGCUAUUUUAUUAAAAAAUCGAAAAAGAAAAUGCAAUAUUUAAAUAUGCCGCCAAAACGCGACUUUUAGCAAUAUGGCGGCCAUGGCAUGCAGUGACGUAAAUUUCGUGUAAAUAUCAUACAAAGCUUGUUGGUGUUUCGAAAAGUUUUGAUUUUCUCUUGUUUUAUUUAACUUGUGCCACGUCAUAUGUGUGAAAAUUAUUAAAAUUAAGACCUAUAAAUGUUGUGCAGUGCCUCAAUGCACUAAUACAACAAUAAAAUCACCUACGAAACUGUUUUUUUCUAUGCUGAUGGAUUUGAAUAUUCGCAAGAAGUGGUUUCAGAUCAUGAUCUAAGAUCAGUGGUUACCAAGAUAUACUUACAUUGAUGUUUUCACAUUCCUCAGUUCGGCAGCAUAGAAAUCUGGAUUGUCUGGAUUGAAGAAGACAAUCCAGAUUUCUUCUUCCAACCAUUAUUGCGUCCACUUUUGGUAGGUUUCGACUGUUAGCUUUCGCGGAAUUGGUUUCCAUUAUUAAAUACCUAUGUUAUCUGAGUAAUCCUGAGCGAUCAUACACUUAUAAAAUCUUGAAAAAUAAUAGCUAACACUAAGGAACGGUACGAUCCACAGUCUGUUUAUGGAUAAUUGACGUCAUAAUAGAAAUAGCCAAUCACGUUCGUUUAUAGUCACGUGACAGCUGCAUAUAAAAACCUAAUUUUCUGAGACGGAUUUUGUUUAAAUAAUGCAAUAUUUUUAUCUCGCGUUAUUACAAAUCGCUCCAAAAAAAUAAUAUUAAGACUGAUGACAUAAAAGAAAUGUAUAUUUUUAAUACAGUCAAAUAGCCUAUAGUUAUUGU